AUGACUCCUUCUGCUAUAGAGAUCAUGUCCCCGGCAUCACCCAACGCUCUCGCCAUCGCCGCGCAACUCACCACCGCCUCUACUAUCCUCUGGGAUCCCACUUAUACUAGUCGGCCGCCGCCUGGCAACCUCAGGCCUACUCACGCCGGCACUUUGGCCAUCGGAAGUCGUACAGAUUCGUCAAUCAGUGUGAGAAGUCUUGGUGGUGACCACCAGGUUCCAAUUAUGGACAAGAGACAUCCGAGUUCCUUUCAGCAGCUCGAGAAGCUCGGGGAGGGAACCUACGCGACGGUCUUCAAAGGUCGUAACCGCCAGACUGGCGAGUUUGUCGCCUUAAAAGAGAUCCACCUCGACAGCGAAGAGGGAACGCCUUCCACUGCGAUCCGCGAGAUCUCUCUCAUGAAAGAGCUGAAGCACGAGAACAUCGUCUCUCUCCAUGAUGUCAUACAUACUGAAAAUAAGCUUAUGCUCGUUUUCGAGUUCAUGGAUAAGGACUUGAAGAAGUACAUGGACUCACGUGGCGAUAGAGGUCAACUGGAUCCACCAACCAUCAAAUCGUUCAUGUAUCAACUGCUGCGUGGCAUUGCAUUUUGUCACGAGAACAGAGUGCUACACCGAGACUUGAAGCCACAGAACCUUCUCAUCAAUACCAAGGGCCAAUUGAAGCUGGCCGACUUCGGUCUCGCGCGGGCAUUCGGCAUUCCCGUCAAUACCUUCUCAAAUGAAGUCGUAACUUUAUGGUAUCGCGCACCCGACGUCCUCCUGGGUAGCCGAACGUAUAACACUAGUAUUGAUAUCUGGUCCGCUGGCUGCAUUAUGGCAGAGAUGUAUACUGGGAGGCCACUUUUCCCUGGCACGACUAAUGAGGACCAACUUCAGAAAAUUUUCAGAUUGAUGGGCACACCGUCAGAGCGAUCUUGGCCCGGUAUCUCUAAUUUUCCAGAAUACAAACCCAAUUUUCACGUCUAUGCGACUCAGAAGCUUCAGAACAUCAUUCCUCACCUCGAAUACGACCAAGUUGGACUUGAUCUCCUCAGCAGGAUGCUUCAGUUGCGGCCUGAGCUACGCGUAUCCGCACAGGACUCACUGUCGCAUCCGUGGUUCAACGAUCUGCAUCAAAGACAACAGCACCAGUCACAAAUGGCGCAGCAACAGGCGCAACAAGCACAAAUGGGUGGUAGCAAUUUUCAAAUUCCUCAAGGUGCUUAUUAA